AUGCACAGAUCACCUAAGACUAUAAAUGCUCCCCUGGAAGUUAAAGAGAACAACAGUAGAUACACUGAAGAGAAGGAAGAGGCCGUUUUCCCUGAUCUGUCAAAAGGCCAGAAGAUUUGCAAAGUGACUAAAUCAGAAGUAAAGGCAUCCAAGAAGGAGAAUUUAAGUGGUGGGAACCAGGCACAGUUGCAAAAAAGCGCCCUGAAACACAGCAAAGGCCUCAAGAAGGAAUCGUGCCGCAGCAAGGAGGAUGUUGUUAGCUGUCGGUUCACUGAAGGCUGUUUUGACACAUGGAAAGGGGAUAUGGUUGGUGAACCUACCUCGCCUUUGAACAGCAAGGAAAAAUUUUCAAGUCAAUCUGUUUCUUUAGGGGCUGAAUGCUAUUUGACCCCCAAUAGGCACAAAGCAGAAGAAAAAUCUGAUUGUGGAACAUCAGAGAAACAGAAGAAAAAACCUAUUGAUUUUGCAACUGUAACAGCUUCUGAAUUUGGGAUUACUCAAGAAAAUUUUACUAGGCACUCUAUAGGGAAGUCUCCAGCUUCACUAAAAUUUAGACGAAGAUCUACAAUUGGAGUACGGGGGUCACCAGAAAAUAACACCCUUAUUCAAUACCUUGCCCAACAGAGGAGCAACAGGCAAAAAGAAGGUUUUAUACAGCAGGUUAGUCCUUUUAAACGUGAAAACGUCAGAGUGUUGAAGGACAAGAUAAAUGCCUUUGAAACAUCUUUUAAUGCGGUACAAGAAGCUAAAGAGGAGACUCACUUCUCUGGACUGUCACAAGUGGCUGGUGCUUCCCGGGAAGCAGGCUGUUCUCAGAGCAAAGUACUUCUUACAAAAGAGAAGAACCUGGAUCAGUGGAGUGAAAAGUUCACAUCAGACAGCAGAGGAGCUGAUUUGAAGGAAAAUUUAAGACAAAAUUUGACCAACAGCAGUAAGUCUGAUACCAAGAUCUGCACCAUCUUGUCUUCAUGCCGAGAUGUGACUGUCACUGAACCUGCUGCUGCUGUUUCCAAGGAGUGGGUUUAUGAGCAGCACAAUCCUAUUGAGUCGUCGGAGGCUGUUCCAAUGAGAGGUAUCUUAGGAACAGGCCAUGAUUUCAGUUCUGACCAUCUCACUAAAGAUGUCAGAAGUAACGUUACGUCAGAUCUAAGCAGAAAGAAAGUUAGUUUUGGGGAAGAACUAAGCUUGGACAUAUUUGAUGAAAGCGAGCCCCCUACCACACCACCACGAAUGGGAAAUAUUUCACUGAGUGAACACACACAGAGUGGCUCCUGUCUGCAAUCUGCCUUGAAGAAAACACCAGUGAAGCAACAAAUGGAUGGCAUGGAGGAAUGCUCGAGCGAUGCUGUUGACAGAGGAGGAGGUGACUCUCUCACAGUCUCGGACUGUGCAAAAGUCUUUGAAGCGCUGCAAACAGAGGAAACUGAAAGAUGUAGCUCUGGAAAGCCAAAGAAGAAAAGAGUGACCUUUGGAGAAGUUCUAAGCCCAGAAAUAUUUGACGAAGCUUUGCCUGCAAAUACUCCGGUACGCAAAGGAGCCAUGCCAGUCCGUCACCCAGGGUUACAAAGUGAUAGCCCUUCUGCGAGCUCCAGUCUCACUGCAGAACCAUUAUCCCCGCCCAACUUUGAUUGCUGUGAUGAAAGUGUUGAGCCUCUUCAAGAGUUCGUGGAGGCUUCUGUUGCUGCAGAAGAUCUCUUACCUGUUGAAAAUGCAGAAGCAGAAACUGACAAAUCUGAUAAGAUAAAAACUCGUUCUUCUACUAAAAGCAAGCAUAGCACCAUUUCAGAGGGGACUGAUUUUAGCAUCUCAGGAGCCACAAACACUCAGAAGGUGAAAGAGACUGAAAAUCCAAGAAAGAACAAGUUUCAAAGGCAAAAGAAUAUAACCACAUCUGCUGCCAAGAAGACACAAAAAACAAAACGUACAACCUAUGGGAAAAGAAGAAAGAAAAAAGUAAAAAAGUCAUUAUAUGGAGAGAGAGAGAUGGCUUCUAAGAAACCCCUUCUCAGCCCUAUCCCUGAAAUUCCAGAGGUUUUCUCUUCUGCCUCGUCUCCAAACUUGCCAAAGGCAAAUGCCCUUUUUUUAGAAGACUUAUUUUUAGAUAAUACCAAAUCCGGGAGUGCUCGCAAGGACGUUCCACAGAAGCCAGUGGUUGAAAGAAUGAGAGGGAAGAACAUCACAGCAGCUGCUGUGUAUUCAAGCCCUGAGGACCUGGACGCUGCAGAAGCCAGCAGCUCCGGCGGGACAGCGUUCCAGGUGUCAGAGGGGGAUCAGUCAGGCAUUGAUCAUGAGUUUUCAAAGAUUGUGCCAGAUACAAAGUGUGGGUUUGAUACACCUGACUAUUUCCAACAAGGUACAGAGGCUGCAUGUGUAAAAGAGGUGAAAGAAAGUGGUUCCUUGAUAGAAAAUGAGAAAUUACAAGAAAAUCUCCUAAGUAAUGCAGAGCAGCUAACUGGGCUAGAAUUUCUGGAGCAGCAGGAUGCUGGUGUACCUGAGGCUGCCCAAAGAACUCAGUGUCCACAGAAAGAUUCUAGAAGAGGUGGCCCACUAAGGAGAAGGAGCAGUGCCAUCUGUUUUCCUCCUGUUGAUGAACUGGAAAUAACUGGAAACAAUUUUAAUGUGGAAGAAGUCUUAUCUGCUCCUCAACUAAAGCGUGACUCCUUAGGGCCUUUGAGAAGAAAGAGCGAUAACAGCCGUGAAAAGAGAGUGAGGCGCAGCAUGAGAUUACAUAAAGAUGCAGAAAUUAAAGGACUUGCGUGGGUUCAAGUACCCAGUGAGGUUGAAAGGAGCCCUCCCCUGCUGGCUUCUGCUCGCAAAAUCAGGAGAACAAUAAGCACGUCCGUCCUUACAGAAGCUGAGAAUGUUCACCACAGAGAGCGAAAUCUCAUCCACUUGCCAGCACCAGGGAAGGAGAACAACGACUCUGUUUGUUUUGCUGAUGGUCCUUGCAAAAGAUGGAGGGGGAGAAGAACGUGUGUAUCCACACCUCAAGAAACAAGCACUUGGUCUCAGACCCAGAAAAGGAGCAUAACAAAUUCUGUAUGUAGGAAGGACAAAAGUAACCAAAAGCACACUGAAGAAGUAGAAAUACCUCUUGAAAAUAACAUUUAG